AUGGAAGGCUCUAGCGAGGAACUGGAACCACCUAAGAUCACGCAGGAAGCAGCAGCAGGCUCUGAAGAUGUUCAAGAGCUCGAUAAGCAAGGAUCUUCUCUCCAAUCCGAAAGCUUCGAUCCGCAACAGAUUCUGUUGGAGGCAAUUGAUCGCCGUAGGCAACAGUACAAUCCCAGGCAGGCUUUUUUCCUUUCUAAUUUGGGAUUUGAUAUCCACAAUCUCCGGCAUACAGGAAACUCGCCAUCUGAAUUUCUUCCUGUACCAAACGAUCAGGUAACCGCUGCGCAAACAGGAUUUGAGGAAAGUCUAUUUGUGCCGCAGGAAGAAUAUUCGUCAUUGUAUCUUCCACCUUCGGGACCAGAUGUGCCUCCGAUGUCUCCAGAUAAUCAAAAUUUUCUCGAACUAUUUCAGGGGCUCAAUCCAGAAGGUGACACAAGUCCACCUGUUCAACAGCUUUCGCAGGUUGCACCUCACUCGAGUGCCAGUGCUUCACAAACAGGAAAUGCAGGCACAGCAGCUGCACCUGCCGAUGAUGAGGAAGAUCCAAGGCUGUCCGCACCGUCAUGUGUCGACUUAUUAUCAACCUCAUCUUCGACUUCCGGGAACACUGACGUUCCGGUAGAAGACUUCCCGGAUGAUACUGGAGACCAAAGCUGCCCAACAGAAUGGCCUGACGAGGAGCUUGAAGCUAGUACCAGGGCUGACCUAUCGAAGCGGCAAUUCAAUUCUAUCAAGAAAUGGUUUGAUGGUUUGGAGAAGCCAUCUGUUGCAGAUGAGAUACGCUUAGAAAAAGCAAGGCAACAGGAAUUUUCUCGAAAGGAAAGGGUGGCAAGGAGAAAAGCCAUCGAAAACCAGAGUGACCUCUUUCUCUCAGACAUCGACGAGCCCAAUGAAUCCACUUCACGACAGGUUCCUGUCGAGAAAAGGACUGAAAGCUCUCAUGAUGUCCCUGUCAAGCGACAGCCGAAACAGCGACGACAAAACAGGAUUUCAGCAGACGAAAAGCGAAAGAGCAAGGAACUCGGUCUUGCUGUUGUUCUUGCGCGCCAGAAGAAGAGGGAGAUGUCGAAGAGAGCACCCCGUAAGCGCAAAGAUAGAGGGUUCGACAACGGAAUCCCUGGCCCCAGUAAAAGGCCGAAGCGAGGGCCCCUGGGUACCAAAAAAUACCUAGAAUACCUCCUUUCUUCUGGAGUCGUGGAAGAUGCACAUGUCAACGCUUCACUGGAUGCGAUACCUGCUUCUAUUGACAAGAAUAAGAUGAAAGCACUCAAACGACUUGUCGCUACUAUUCCGAGUGUGGAUCAGAAGGAGGCUAAAUCUGACAAGAAAAAAAUUCUUGAAGCUACUCGCAAGUUCACAUGCAGUCCGAGAAGCGAUGGAAAACUCGGGUGGAACAUCAAGGGAAUGAAAACAAGUUUAUAUCACUAUCAGCGUGACCGCGAAAGUUCGUCAGAGGGACCCUUCGGGGGACUCCUCUGUGAUAUCAUGGGUUUCGGGAAAACUAUUCAAGCACUGGCAAAUAUCGUAGAUGGAAAACCCUUUGAUCCGGAGGAUCCUGAGAAGACUACGCUCAUUGUUGUUCCAUCGCACCUAGUCACUCACUGGAAAACACAGAUCAACAGGCACUGCGACGAGAAAGCAAUUGGUGAUGUCCUUAUAUACAAAGCUAGUUCAAGGCUUGAGUCCCUCAAUACAGUAGGAAGCCUCGCGAAAUAUGAUGUUAUAAUCACUACGUAUGAUGAGGUCAGGCGGUCUUAUCCACCAAUGAAGCUCACCGAUAGUAUUAAGGACGACGAGAAGCUUUCAGCCUGGUGGGAUCAAUCCUUCGAUACAGAGACCGGCCCGCUACAUAAAAUCAAGUUCCACCGAAUCAUUCUUGAUGAAGGCCACACCAUCAAGAAUCACAUCUCCUCAGUGUCGAUCGCCGUCCGCUCUCUGACUGGCCACUAUAAGUGGAUUCUAAGCGGAACCCCAGUGCACAACCAUCUAGAAGAAUUCUAUCCGCUUUUCGACUUUCUCGGCGUUCCCGGCAUCAAAGAUGCUGGAGUUUUCACAAAGAACUUUUGCAGCGAUGACGAAGGCCAUGACCGCCUCGUAAACCUAUUGCGAGCUUUUUUGUUUCGGCGAACACACAAAAGUCGACUUUUCUCACUGCCAGUAAUUAAACUACCCGAUGUCAACGAAAGAAUCGUCAGGGUCCAAUUCUGCGCCGUCGAACGAGAGCUUUACAACGCCAUAUCAGAGGUAUUCAUAGAAAACAUCAAUGGUUGUGCCCAUUUCGAUCAGCCCAAGCAUUUAUAUUGUGAGGAGUGCUACUACUCCUUACGGAUGGACAAGGACAACAUGCUUAUGGAGCCUAAAUGCGUCAACUGCCGUGUUUCGAUCACGGAAGCCGCUUAUUUUAAGGAAGAGGGUAACGAAAAGACACAAGGCGCAUCUAUUCACGGGGCAACUAUCAGGAAGGAAAAGCAGCGCCAAAAGAGAACCACAACCAAGAAACAAUCUAGGAGCAGCAUUCGCCAGAUCACGGCGCCACGAGCAGACGAAACGGAUGAAGAGCCGGACGCCGACGAGGAUACGGACUGGAUUAGAGCGUGUGCCCAGCAUAUGCCGAGUGCGAAACUCACGAAGAUACGCGAAAUUCUUACAGAGUGGCUUGCUCAGGAAUCCUCGGGCAAGAUAGUCAUCUUUACCCAGUUUCUAGAUUUCGUUGAAAUCCUGUCUACCAUGUGCGAAGCAGAAGGGUGGCUGUUUGUCCUCUUGACUGGAAAAUUGGGUCUAUCAGUCCGCGAAAACAACAUGAAGACGUUUAGUGAUAAGAAUAGCGAAGUGAGGAUUCUUAUUGCCAGUUUGAAGGCUGGAGGCAUCGGACUAGACCUAUCAGCCGCCAACAAAUGCAUUCUUGUUGACUUGUGGUGGAACGAAGCUAUUCAGGAGCAGGCAUUUUGCCGCUUGUUUCGAAUUGGGCAAGAAAGCGAGGUGGAAUUUGUGAAGCUUAUCAUCGAUAAUUCCAUUGAUGACUACCUGCUCAAUUUGCAGACGCAUAAGACGGCUGUUAUAACCGGAGCUAUGGGCGACGGAGUCCUAGCGGGACGGGAUACAAUUGAGGAUCUCCUUCGAAUGUUCGCAGAUGUCGAAAAGGACUCUAGAGGGGUACUUCAUCUCAGGGCCAAGACAGCGUCGAGGGAUAUCAGGAUUGGGGCUGGAUUCCGACCAUCUUUUGGCGUCUUUUGA